UGGCUGUGCCUGACAGAGUUCGUGCCGGGGUCGCGGAUCCACGAGCAGUGCCUCCGCAUGAACGACGGCUUUGCCCGCUACCUGAUGGAUACAACUCCAGAGAGUUACCUGGACCUGUUCCCAUUGGAUGCCAUCAUUUACCUCACUCCUGACUCUCAGAAUGUCCUUGAAGACAUUGACCCGGAUAAGGUGUACGUGCUGGGAGGGCUGGUGGAUGAGAGCAUUCAUAAGGUGGCGUGUCCGAAAAACCUGACACUGCGGAGGGCGCAGGAGCAGUGCCUGCAGACAGCUCGCCUCCCCAUCCAGGAGUACAUGGUCAAAGCCCCCAACCCCAGGAACUACCACUCCAAGACACUGGCCAUCAACCAGGUCUUUGACAUCCUGUGCACCUACUAUGAGACGCGGAGCUGGCCUGCAGCCCUGAGGGCCGGAGUCUCCUCUGGGAAAGGCUAUGUGUUGCCGGAUGGAGCGGGACAGGGACACACACCUCAGUACUCUGCCCCCCGAGGAGGCUCUGUGUGUCACCAUGAGGUGCAGAAGGCAUCGGUGUGA